AUGGAUGGAGGUGUUCCUGCGAGUUCCGAGGACGACGCAACAAGAUCUCCCUCCCCGACGAGACGAGUUCAGGAGACGACGAGAGUUGGGGGAUGUGAACGACUGCAGGUGGAGAAUUGGGGUUUGGUUAUGCGGGUGAAUCGCUCAAAUGGCAUGGGAACCAAACUUCCCUUCGAAAAUCCUUUAAUAUUGCACUCAAAUGUGAUGUGGGAGAAGGAAUGCAUGGGGAAUUUCAUUCCAUGCAUGGGAAGGCGGAAUGAAGAAAGAGUUGCAGGUGUUGGGGUCGUUCAAGUACCCGAACCUAAUUGGAAGCGUCAUAAACGAGAUCGGUUUCGACGGGAAUCCACUCUCUUUGUUGUCAUCAAUACGUGGGAACGAUUCUUCUUCAUCGAUCCAGGUUGA